AUGGCUGAGUCAGGUAAACUUCCCAACUUGGCAUCAGAUGCCGUCUUAAAACAAUCAAUACCAGUUCCUGACUCAUUUGAAGAAGUCAGUGGUAUCGACUACUCCAAAGACAAUGCAUACAAUAUGAAUGCUAAAGAUUUGAUUUCAUCAAUGUCAAAAAUGGGAUUCCAAGCCAGCUCUUUAUCACAGGCGUGUAAAAUUAUCGAUGAAAUGAGAACUUGGAGAGGCAAACACAAAUCAGAACUUGAAGAGCACAAGCAAGGUGGAGAAUUUGACAACAAAGGAUUUCAGAAGACAACCAUCUUUAUGGGUUAUACAUCAAACUUGAUUUCAAGUGGGUUGAGAGACACUUUGCGUUACUUAGUUCAACAUAAGAUGGUUAGCGCUAUUGUUGCCACUGCUGGUGGUGUUGAAGAAGAUUUGAUUAAAUGCUUGGCUCCAACAUACAUGGGGGAUUAUACAUUACCCGGAAAAGGAUUACGAGAUCAAGGAAUGAACAGAAUCGGUAACUUGUUGGUACCAAACGAUAAUUACUGUAAGUUUGAAGAGUGGAUUGUUCCUAUAUUUGAUCAAAUUUUACAAGAACAACAAGAAGAGUUAGCCAAAGAAGGUCCUAAUGCAUUCGAUGCCAAUUCCAAGGCUAACUGGACCCCGUCAAGACUCAUUGAUAGAUUAGGAAAAGAAAUCAAUGAUGAAACUUCAGUACUUUAUUGGGCCCACAAGAAUCAAAUCCCCAUUUUCUGCCCAGCCUUAACUGAUGGUUCUAUUGGUGAUAUGUUAUUUUUCCACACAUUCAAAGCAUCGCCACAGCAAUUACGUCUAGACAUCGUAGCUGAUAUUAGAAGAAUCAAUUCAAUGUCAAUGGAAGCAUCAAAAGCAGGUAUGAUUAUUUUGGGUGGUGGUUUGAUUAAACAUCAUAUCUGUAAUGCAUGUUUAAUGAGAAACGGUGCUGAUUAUGCUGUAUACAUCAAUACAGGACAAGAAUUUGAUGGAUCUGAUGCUGGUGCAAGACCUGAUGAAGCUAUUAGUUGGGGUAAGAUUAAAGCUGACGCAAAAUCAGUCAAAGUGUAUGCUGAUGUAAGUUUAGUUCUUCCAUUAAUAGUUGCCGCUACAUUUGCAAGUGAGUGCCCAGAAGCAAGUGGUGAGAGAUAG